UCAUGCUGGAAUUCAGUGACUUCACAACUGUAAGCCCCGAUGAGUUGACCGCAGCUUUGGGUUUUCAAAUAUACGACGACUUAAAAAAUGAAGAACAAGGCGCCGCUUUUCAACCGAACUAUGAUCCCAACCUAAAAGUGUUUUAUUUAAUAAAAAACGAUGCAGUUUAUGUACCGGUUCUGCACACAAAGGCGAUCGACUUCAGAAUAAUAAAAUCUUUACACGAAAAUCUGAAAGAGCGCAACAUAUUUUUAGCCAUUGUGGAUAAUACCGCCAAUAUUUUGUAUUAUAAAAUGAGCGAAGAUCUCAGCGAAAACCAGUCGACAAAAACUGCAGUUGAAUAAUAGCGAUAGAUACAUUUAUUUAAAAUCAUAUCAUAUAUAUAAAUUACAGUCACAACUUGAAACUAAACGUGACAGGAUGUGGACCAAUCCGACUUUACAGAUUUAAAAAUAAAUCGAUGAUUAUCGCCGCAAGUUGUGAGCAUAAUCAUAAUAAAAAUGACAAUAGAAGA